GUGGGAUGGUGCGCGCCCCCGCGGUCAAGUGUAUGUGCACCCAGCUAAAGCGGUCGGCAGCACAGUGAGUGAAGAUGGCGAUGAGAGCGGCGCUGCGGUGUCUCUCCGCAAACUUUUCCCCCAGGCUGCCUCAGCUGUCGCCGGCAGCGCGGUCCUCCGCCGCCCGGCUGCUGUGGAGGAGCGGCUCUCCCCGGACCCUGAGCUCCACCUCGGCCCUGUCCGCAGCCCUAAAGUUCACAGAUAAACAUGAGUGGGUGCGAGUGGACGGUGGAGUCGGCGUUGUGGGUAUCAGCAGUUAUGCUCAGGAAGCGUUAGGUGACGUGGUGUACUGCGGACUUCCUGAAGUUGGCCAAAGACUUGAACAAAUGGAGGAGUUUGGUGCCUUGGAAAGUGUAAAAGCUGCCAGCGAGCUGUACUCACCUUUAACAGGCGAAGUGACUGAAAUCAACACAGAGCUGGCAGAAAACCCCGGGCUCGUCAAUAAAGACUGCUACGCUGAAGGGUGGCUAAUCAAGAUGACCAUUGAAAAGCCUGAAGAACUCGAUAGCCUCAUGGAUCAAGCUGCCUAUGAUUCAUUUCUUAAGUCACUUGAAGAAUAAAUCAGCGGAGUCACUGUGCUGCUUUGUAAUGUGAUUAGUCGGCAGGGUUACUAACAUCUUGUGUGACGCACAUCUUCAUCACUGGUAUUUAUUUUAUACUGGAACCGCGCGAUCAAAAUAAUCUAAAAUACUGAGUUAACAAUCUGUCUAGAUGGCUUAGAUACUACCAAAUAUAAAGGGCUCUUACACUCAAGAUCUGUCUGUAUUUUUGGGUCUUGUUUGGUGCUUUGCUCCAUUUUUUUUCUUUUUUUUUUUUUUUUGUGCAGAUGUGGUAAAUGACUGGGAAGUGCUGUGUCGCAUUCAUUUAAUAAAAUUUGGUCCUUGUAUG